AUGUUUUCUAGAAUAUUUAAGCAAAGUUACUUGGCUAAGAUUGCUUUAUUUUCAACAGCUUCUUUAAUUUAUUGGGAUAGCAGAAGGAAUUAAAGUGAAGAAGUCUUUUAGAUAUUACAUAGAUAGACAUAGAAUUCUAUUGUAAAAUUCUUUCUGAAUGGCAGAAUUAUAGGAUAAGGAGCAGUUCUGAAAAAUGGAUAUGUAGUUACUAGCUCUGAAGUGUUUGAGAAUUAGUAACUCCAUAUUACAGCAUAAAUAAAUGGCUAACUUUAUAAUUAUGAAGUGUUAAAAGUGGAAGAAGGAAUAGCCAUCCUAAAAAUAUAACAAUAGAAAUCUUAGUUUAAUCUCUCGAAAUAUGAAAUAGGAUAGAAUGCUUAUGUUUUAGGAACUGACGAAUAAGGCUUAAAAGAAUUUUAACAAUGUCCUAUUACUGAUAGCAAUUUCACAUUAGACAUCCGUUUAGUUGGUGAGGAAGCCUUGAAUCAAACCUUUCCUUUUAUUUUAAUGAAUGGAUGUUCUUCUAGUCCAGGAAGUAUGAGAUGAUUUUAAUAAAUGUGUAGGUCCUGUUUUAAACAAAAAAGGAGAAUUGUUAGGGAUAAUAAAUGGGUAGUUUAGGAAUAAGACCUAAGUGGUGCCAUCCACAUAUUUUUAGGGACUAGAAAAUGGAAGGAAUGUUGUUAAGCCUUAUUUGGGAUUAACUCUAAAGACCUCAGAUCAGGGAGGCGCUUUUAUUAUCAAAAUCAAUUCUGACAGUCCUGCAGAAAAGGCAGGCUUAAAAUUAGGAGAGAUAAUUAAGUCUAUUGAUGGAGUUACCAUUUAACAUGGGAAGGAUGUGACAAAAUUGUUGGGAGUAACUGAAAAUGCAGAUAGCCAUGUGAUGGUGGUUUUGAGAAAUGGAAAAGAGAGAAUUGUGAAUGUAAAUCUAAAAUGA